GAGAGCCACCAGUCCGAGUUGGUUGAUCCGAGGCGACGAAACACACCGACUGUCAUCCGCGCUGGAGAGGAUCGAGGAGUCGUGUUCAGUGCGUCCAGUCCGCCUCCUCCACGCUGCCCCGCGCACGACAGGAUGAACGCAUUCUGGAGGUUUGGACACUUUGGACCGCAGCGCGCACUGGAAAACAGGAUUUAGUGGAGAAGUUGUCUUUCUGAGCGGCGGUGCCCGAGCCGAGGACUCUCGCUAUCAAGUCGUGAGGUGGAUUUCAGACUUUUUUUUCCCCCACUGUCGCCUGACUGCUCCCUGAGAAGCGAGGACUUACGGAUUUUAAAGUAGUCUCUGUGGGUUUUUAUGAAGUUUACAGGAGAAUAACGACUGUUUUUUCUUCUCAAUGCAUUGUCAUCUGAAGGCUGAGGAUUUGCUGUCAAACGGAUAUUUUGGGUCAUUGGCGGGGAGUUGUUGGAUUGUUUCUUGCGGCGUCGGAGGCCGCCCUUCUGCUGGACAGCAUGCGAACGGAGGAUGUUGUCUGAGUCUGAGUCGGGCCUUGCUGCUCUACGUCUCACCUCGUCGUGCAGAGGAAUGACGGCUCUGUGGUGCUCACUCUGGCUUUCCUUCCUCCUGCCUCUCUGCGUCGCUCCGGCCAGACUGCCCACUGCUCAGCCCACAGACUCUGUGUCCAGCGAGACAGCCUUCCUGGAGGACUAUGUUCUGGGCAUGGGGGACACCCUGGAAAUGUCAUGUGACCUGGAAGACCACUCAGAGCCCGUUGUCUGGUUCAAAGAUGGCGCUGGGCUGGUGCCUAGCAACCGGACGCGGCUGGGCCAGAGGAUGUUGCGCAUCAUCAACGUGUCGUACGAGGACUCAGGUGUCUACUCGUGCCGGCUCGCCCACAGCAACACGCUGCUAAGCAACUACACCAUCCGGGUGACAGAUUCUCUGUCGUCUGGUGAUGAUGAAGAUUAUGAUGAAGAUCCAGAAGAUGCAGAGGCUCCAUACUGGACCAGGCCUGACCGGAUGGACAAGAAACUUUUGGCCGUUCCAGCAGCCAACACCGUGAAGUUCCGCUGUGCCGCGGCUGGAAACCCAACACCGAGCAUCCACUGGCUGAAGAACGGCAAAGAGUUCAAGGGAGAGCAGAGGAUGGGAGGAAUCAAGCUGAGACACCAGCAGUGGAGUCUGGUGAUGGAGAGCGCCGUGCCGUCAGACCGGGGAAACUACACCUGCGUGGUGCAGAACAAGUACGGCGCCAUCACCCACACCUACCAGCUGGAUGUGCUAGAGCGUUCCCCUCACAGGCCCAUCCUCCAGGCAGGUCUGCCAGCCAAUCAGACGGUGGUUGUGGGCAGCGAUGUGGAGUUCCACUGUAAGGUUUACAGUGACGCCCAGCCGCACAUCCAGUGGCUGAAACACAUCGAGGUCAACGGCAGCCGCUAUGGGCCUGACGGCGUUCCCUACGUCAACAUCCUGAAGACGGCUGGUAUUAACACUACAGAUAAGGAGCUAGAGGUUCUCUUCUUGACCAAUGUGUCUUUUGAGGAUGCGGGCGAGUACACUUGUCUGGCAGGAAACUCUAUUGGCUUUGCUUACCACUCUGCCUGGCUGACGGUGCUUCCAGCAGUGAGUCCGGAGAAGGAGGACUACUACGCCGACAUACUCAUCUAUGUGACAGGCUGCGUACUCUUCAUCCUCGCUGUGGUCAUUGUCGUCCUUUGCCGCAUGAGGAUGACCACGCAGAAGACGCUGCCCACACCGCCCGUGCAAAAGCUAUCAAAGUUCCCCCUCAAGAGACAGCAGGUGUCCUUGGAUUCCAACUCCUCCAUGAACUCCAACACCCCAUUGGUAAGGAUCGCCCGCCUGUCAUCAAGCGACGGGCCGAUGCUCGCCAACGUCUCAGAGCUGGAACUGCCCUCCGACCCCAAAUGGGAGUUUCCUCGAACACGGCUAACUCUGGGUAAACCUUUGGGCGAGGGCUGCUUUGGUCAGGUAGUGAUGGCCGAGGCCGUCGGCAUCGACAAGGAAAAGCCCAACAAGCCUCUCACUGUUGCUGUGAAAAUGCUGAAAGAUGACGCCACAGAUAAAGACUUAUCCGACCUGGUGUCAGAGAUGGAGAUGAUGAAGAUGAUUGGAAAACACAAAAACAUUAUCAACCUGCUCGGAGCGUGCACGCAGGACGGUCCUCUGUACGUCCUGGUGGAAUACGCCUCUAAAGGCAACUUAAGGGAGUACCUGCGGGCACGGCGGCCACCAGGAAUGGACUACUCCUUCGACACCUGUAAAAUCCCUGACGAGCAGCUCACCUUCAAAGACCUGGUGUCUUGCGCCUACCAGGUCGCCCGAGGCAUGGAGUACCUCGCCUCUCAGAAGUGCAUCCACAGAGACUUGGCAGCCAGGAACGUCCUUGUGACGGAGGACAACGUUAUGAAGAUCGCCGACUUCGGUCUCGCUAGAGACGUGCACAAUAUAGACUACUACAAAAAGACCACGAACGGUCGUCUGCCCGUGAAAUGGAUGGCUCCGGAGGCUCUGUUUGACCGGGUCUACACGCACCAGAGCGACGUGUGGUCCUAUGGGGUGUUGUUGUGGGAGAUCUUCACCCUGGGAGGCUCGCCGUACCCAGGGAUCCCAGUAGAGGAAUUGUUUAAGCUGCUGAAGGAGGGACAUCGGAUGGACAAACCUGCCAACUGCACCCAUGAACUGUACAUGAUCAUGAGGGAGUGCUGGCAUGCCGUGCCGUCCCAGAGACCGACCUUCAGACAGCUGGUAGAAGAUCACGACCGGGUUUUAUCAAUGACCUCCACGGAUGAGUACCUGGACCUGGCGGUGCCCUUCGAGCAGUACUCACCCACCUGUCAGGACUCCAACAGCACCUGCUCCUCAGGAGACGACUCGGUUUUCGCCCACGACCCGCUGCCUGACGAGCCCUGUCUUCCCAAACAGCUCCCCAGUAACGGGGUGAUAAGGACAUAAAACCUGAGCUGGGAGGGGCGGUUGGACUUUAACCUCCUCUCACAGUUUGUGACUAACAAAGACCUCUCAGUGACUCAAGCUCCUCAAAAUAUGGAAAUCAAAACUCUGCAUGCAAUACUUCCACAGUGCUUCAGCUCUUUGAUUCGUCUUAAACUCUUGGUUGAAAUCCUCUUUGACUGAGUUUUCUUCCUCCUCCUCAUCCUCCUCCUCCUCGUCCUCCUCCUCCUCCCCAAGAGACUCUUGAAACAUUGAAGGAUUAUUUUUUGCCGUCGAACCAUGUUUGUGUUCUUCUUUUCAGAAAUGAAAUUAUAUUUUUGUACUCGGGCCAGUCUUUUGUUACGGACAAUCUGUUGGGUGAAACCAUUCCGUGCCUACUGGGAUAAAACCUCCUGAGACUGGAUAAAAAGACAAAAAGGAUAAAAGAGGAGGGAAUGAAGGGCAUUGGUCAGGGACCGGUUGGCAAUCCAGUAGGCGAGGACCUCAGAUUUUUAUCCUCUCGUCUGCACGGAGCCCUUGGAUCGCGAUAUGAGUUUGCGAUCUUAAAGAAAAUCCGUUGACAAGAUACCAGCAAAGCCAGAAUCAACUCGAUGAUGGGACUUGUUCUUCCGAAGACUCAAUAACUUGUCUCAGCUUUUACUGAAGACGUUCAAGAACAGAGAGGAUUACAUGAGCAUAUGACUGUGUUUUCUCAUGAAUUUGUACGCCAUCGACAUGUUUUAGCACCCCGAAAAAAAAACAGUUUUGUGAUAAUCAUGGAACAAAUUCCUCAUCAGAUGUGAGGCGAAGUUUCAGGGCCAUUCAGUAAUUAAUACAAUAGGGUUCGGAGGUUGUUUUUUUAUGUAUCUAGAAAAUGAUUUAUUGUAAAUAUAUAAAUGCAAAUAUGUAUCAUAUUGCUGUCCUCAGCCAUGUACUUAAAAGACAAAAAAUUACAUUUUUUAAAGUAUUGUUUUAGGAUGGAAGCAUUGCAAUCUAGAAGACACUGUCAUGAAAGUGUAAAUCAUUUAAUCAUUUAAAGUGAUACAGAAAAGGUUUAUUUGAAUAAUUAACGUGUAUAUUUGUAAAGAUAUUUAUAGACUUAACAUGUGGUUCUUAAGUUCGAAAGGUCUAGUUUAGGAUUUUAGUACUGUACGCAAAGAUUUUUAUUUCAAAUUUUUUGUAACUUAUUUUACAACAGAACUGCAACGUUAUUUUUCACAACUGGCAGACUCCUCUGGUUUUUGAUCCAUCUUUUUUUUUUGUUUACUGUUUAAAAAAAUAAGAAUGUAUGACGGACGCAAAGAUGAUUUUUGAGAGCGAGUGUGAUUCGGCCGCCAGGGGAGGACCCAUGAACCGAAGGCCCCUACAGAAAAGGAGCUGGACGUUCGCGCUGAGUUCAAAUUCUGGUUUGAAAAGUUGACGUUUGCAAUAUCAAAGCAACGGUUAACUCUUGCUGGGCAAGAAAUGGCAGCGCUUCGAGAUAUGUACCAGAGAGGCCUUUUAGUAUAACUUAAGUACUUAAAGACAUAUUGAACAUCAACAACAACUAGCUGUGAAUCAUAAAAAGUCUUCAGAGAACCUCAGCAGUCUGUUUAAGUAGAAAUCCACCUACUGAUGCUGUUUCACUGUUCAGUCUGUAAUGUUAUAGAUAUCCAAUAUAGUACCCCGUAUCCCACAAUGCAGUGCCUCCCCUUUACUCUUGAGAUGUGUAAAUUGGAAUUUAUACAAAAAUGCUAUUGAUUCAUUAGCUAAAAGAAAACAAUUUGGUAUUAGUUAGAGAACAAGAGCUAUUUCAGACGUAACUUUAAUGUUGAACUACAUUUCCCAGAAUACUUUAAAGCAAUUAAAGAAUGCGCUUGAACUAAUUCGCAUUCAGAAAAGUGUGAAAACAUGAAGAGAACUAGUGUUAGCAGCAAGGUUUUUAAGAGCAAAUGAACAACAACAAAAAGAAAAGGGAACAUUGUAUUGCUUUCCCUAAUCUUACUCUGCAUUUAGCUGCAAUGCAUUUUGGGGUUUUGAGUUAAAUAAUAGUGCAGAAUUUGUUCUCUUUUCCUCUUUAACACUGGAUUUCUUCAUGUGUGAUUGUUGAACGUCAAUGACUCAAGUCUAGAAAGAAGCUCUUGCUCCUUGAUGCUCAUUCUUAAUAUAUAAGAAUAAAUUAAAAAACACCAAAUAACAAAGAAAAAAACAGAAAUUCAAAGUAUCUCGCCAUUAUCUGGUGUUUCUUGAACAGUGUCAAAGCCUUUCUAGGUGGAUUUUUCUUUAUACAUUUCUGUCUGAAGGCUUCAAACUCUUAUAUUGUAAAAAAAAAAAAAGGGUCAGUGCUAACAAGCUGUGUCGAGUGUCAACGUGCCCUUGAGCAAGACACUGAGCACCAGUGUGCACACUCAUGUAUGAAAACAUCAGCUUGAAGGCAGAAAUUUUUGUGCUUGAGUGUUACUAAAAAACCUGCCCAGACGUUUGAGAUUUUAUCGCUGCUCUAUAGUAUUAAUACUGAAAUGAAGGCAUGCUGUGCGACUUACAGAUCACACAGCCAAAAAGAGAAAGUAUAUAUACAGUAUAUAUAUCGGUUUGUUAAAGGAGACUCUGAAGUCUGUGGUGGAUCCUUCUUCAAGCUUAAAAAAAGUGCCAAAUUAGUCUUAAAAGUCUAUUUCAUCGAGUUCUCUAGGUCUCUGAACCAAAUACUGCACUGUCGAAUGUAGGCGGACGGAGGCUACAUGUGCAGGGAAGGAUCAUGGGAUUGCCAAAUGGAUAUCUUCCCUUCUUUUUAUGCUGUCGUCUCUCCAGCUGACCCCAAAAAAAGUGCAAGGGUUGAAAUGUUUACAGGGUCUGUUUUUAGCAAAGUCACAAAAGGGAAAGCGAUGUUCGAGUGGCAUUGAAGGGUUCAGAAACAUGAUUCACUCGCUGCUAAAUGGAAACGGGGGUAACACUUUACUGUGCAAUGGCCUUAUUCCAGUGUGUGAACUGAAUUUGUUUGUAUUCACCCAACGACACUGUGUCAGUACUUAAAGAAAUCUCCCCAAUAUUUAAAGUUCUUAAAAGAGUGGACAUUUGUAUUUAAUUCUGUUGCUACACUGAUUUCCUUUUAGCACCAAAUUAUUUAAAUUUUCAUUGGUUCAUGCUCAGAAACAAGGUCUUUGUAAAGUGAAAGGUUACUCCUGGUUAUUGUUAUUUAUGAUUCCAGUACAGUCUUGCAGUUUUGGCCCGAAUCUAUGAAGUGCCUGGAAUAAUUUAGCAAACAAAAAGGAGAUUAAUCGAUUGAUUUUGAUCACAUUUUGAAUGUAUAAUCACAAAAGAAAUUAUCUUUUUAGAAACAGGCUAUGUAAAUAUUAGCCCCAUUUUUUAUUUCAAGUGAACAAGACAGACAAAAAAGGCACUUGUGUAAAGGUUGGAUGGAUCUAAUGAAACGGAUGGUGUUUUGUUUUAUUUAUUCUUCCAUGCUGGGUAAAAGCUUUCCCUAUGGUGAGAGUAUUUUUAUUCAUAGCUAUCUGCUUUUCAGUGUUGUUUUUCAUUAAAGAGCCAGAAGAUGA